AUGUCUCCCACCCAGCAGCAUUCCACUAUCCUGUCCCGUUUGAAUGACAAGGGAGCCCUGUCCUAUGUCACUCGCCCUGACGGAAGCAUGUCACUCAUGAUUGCUCUCGAUGAUCUGCCUGACAACAUCAACAUCGUAGGCCUGCCUCGCAACUUGAAACACUGGCAGACGCAGGACAUGAUCGACCUUGGUUUUGCUCCACGUCGCGAAGAACCCUGGCGAAUCCAAAUGAGUCGCAACAGAGACAUGGUGAAUAUCCUGGAAUGGGUGACUGCAAACUCUCGCAGUGUCCCUGAUCGCCAUGUCAAUGCUGCCCGAAGCAUCAUGGCCCGAGGACGAUCCCAGGUUGCUGGCGACGUUAGAUCCGGCCAGAAGGUCUACUGCAACUAUUGGGUUGCAAAUGGCCAGUGCAUGUUCGUGCAGCAAGGCUGCCAGUACAAACAUGAGAUGCCGAGCACCAUUGAGACCCUGAACAAGCUUGGCUUCACGGAGAUUCCGUACUGGUACCGCGUCAAGUACGGUGUGCCAGCCCUCAACCCAGACAACGAGGGCUUCGACCCGGACAACCGCCGUAACCGAAAGGGUAAGCAGCCUGUCCGACGAGCCAUCAACAGGGCCGUCGCCUCUUCCAUCGAGGCUGCAAACUCCUCGGAGGAAUCUUGGACCUCCCCUGAGUCCAGUCCCUCUCCCACCGGACUGUCCUUCAGCAUCGAGGCCAGCAAUGCCCCUGUCCGUCGUGUCGACAAGCCCGCCAAGCCCACCUAUGUCGACAAGGCCACCGAUACCGGCACCGACAAGGCCACUGAUAAGGCCACUGACAAGGCCACCGACAAGGCCACCGACAAUGUCAACGGAAAGGUCAACGGAAAGGCCACUGACAAUGCCAGCAGCACUGGCACCGAUGAUGGCAGCCCUGCCAAGGGCUUCGUCGACAUCUGGGGCCGUUGGGUCAACACAGGAAGUGAGGACUACUGGCAGAACGGCGAGUACAGCCGAGGUAGUGCCUCUGCUGCGGACUCUGCCCGGGUCACUCCCACACUCGCUGAACGCGAGUACUUCCGUCAUGAGACUCGUGAGAAGCUCAAGACUUGGAAGCUCCUGGCCGGGUCACAGGCUGUCGGACCCAAUGAAGACCUCCGUCAUUGGGGGCCCAUUGGUCAGCCUGUUGUUCGCAAGGCCAAGUAG